CUGCAAUCGAUGUGUGGAGGCUCGAUGCAGCAGCCUGUUCGACGGAGCGGUCCUCGGGCCAGACUGCUGCUACCGCCGCCGCCGCCGCCGCCACAACCGCCGCCACCCCUGCCGCCCGCUCCGCUUCAUCUGCCGGCCCAGUCGCCCCUUGACGCCGUCGGGCCCCCAGCAGCCCUUCUGAGCGGAGAUCGAUCGCGGACGAAGGACGGGCUGAUACCUGGAAGGCAACCCUUGUUCACAAUGUAUAGACCAAAAGUAAGCCUUAAAGACCGGCAACAACUUUACAGGCUUAUUAUUAGUCAGCUGUUAUAUGAUGGAUAUAUCAAUAUUGCUAAUGGUCUGAUAAAUGAAGUAAAGCCACAGUCUGUCUGUGCACCCUCUGAACAACUGUUGCAUCUUAUUAAACUAGGAAUGGAAAAUGACGAUAGUGCAGUUCAGUAUGCAAUUGGACGCUCUGAUACAGUAGCUCCUGGAACAGGAAUUGACUUGGAGUUUGAUGCAGAUGUACAGACUAUGUCUCCAGAAGCAUCUGAAUAUGAGACGUGUUAUGUCACAUCUCACAAAGGACCAUGUCGUGUAGCUACCUAUAGCAGAGAUGGACAGUUAAUUGCUACAGGAUCAGCUGAUGCAUCAAUAAAAAUACUUGAUACCGAAAGGAUGUUAGCAAAAAGUGCUAUGCCCAUUGAGGUUAUGAUGAAUGAAACAGCUCAGCAGAACAUGGAGAACCAUCCAGUUAUUAGGACUCUUUACGAUCAUGUAGAUGAGGUCACCUGUUUAGCUUUUCAUCCAAAUGAACAAAUCCUUGCGUCUGGAUCAAGAGACUACACUCUGAAAUUAUUUGACUAUUCAAAACCAUCUGCCAAGAGAGCUUUCAAAUAUAUUCAGGAAGCAGAAAUGCUGCGCUCUAUAUCUUUCCAUCCUUCUGGGGAUUUCAUACUUGUUGGGACACAGCAUCCUACCCUGCGGCUCUAUGAUGUUAAUACUUUUCAGUGCUUUGUAUCUUGCAAUCCUCAAGAUCAACAUACAGAUGUAGUCAGGCAAAUUACUUGCAGCAAUUUCCUUUAUGGGAAAAGAAUCAAGUAUACUCGAAAUAAAGGUGCAGUUUUUGCUCAGUCAUAUCACCAGAUGAGACUGUCAAAAUGCAAGAUGCCCGUGAGGCUGUGCGUUAGUGUACGGACAGCAAGGCCAUAA